AUGAAUACAACCGUCCGCGUAUUACCUUCAUCCGCGCUUCUGUUAUUAAGCCGCCGAUUACAAUUUACCAUAGUGCUGUUGUUUCCAUGGUUAGCAUUUGGUCAUAUUAUACCAUUUCUAGAGUUAUCAAAGAGUUUAGCCUCAAAUGGUGAUAUUCAGAUAUCUUUCAUAUCCACCCCAAGUACUAUCAAAAGACUACCACCAAUCCAUCCACCAAUUGAUAACUUGCCUGCGGGUUGUGAAGCAACUGUUGAUUUGAAAGAUGGGCAGCAAACCCAGGAUCUUAAGAUAGCCUAUGAUCUAUUACAGGCGCCGAUCGAGACGCUUUUAAACCAGAUCAAACCAGAUUUGAUAAUAUUCGAUCUUAUCAACUGCUGGAUACCGGACGUAGGAGCUAAAAUCGAUGUUCCUACUGCAUUUUUCAGUGUGUAUUAUGCACCAUCGCUUGCAUUUGUUGGACCACCUUGGCAAUGUAAAGAAUCAAAUAUGGAACGCACGCCGGAGUAUUUAACUUCAGUACCGGAAAGGAUACCUUUUCCUUCCCGUGUUGCAUGUCGAUACCAUGAAGCUGUCGGUAUGAAUGAAGCUUUGAACACUAAAGAUGCAACUGGACUAUCUACAGGUGACAGGCUAGUAAAAGUUGUUGAAGGCUGUAAUUUCGUUUUACUCAAAAGUUGUACAGAACUUUAUGGAGAUUAUGUGAACCUCCUCAAGGAUCUCUACCAAAAACCAGUUCUAUCUAUUGGUUUACUACCACCUCAUGUGCAGGAUUCAUCAGUUAGGAGCAUCUCUGGUGAUUCUAGCAACUCUGAAAUGUUUCAUUGGCUGGACAAACAACAACCAAAAACCGUUGUUUAUGUGUCAUUUGGAAGUGAGUACAAAAUGAGUAUUGAAGAAAUUCAUGUACUAGCAUUUGGAUUGGAAUCUUCCGAGUUACCGUUCUUGUGGGUACUUAGGAAACCAGAAGGGAAUCAGAGGUAG